AUGAGUACUGCUGCUCUCCACUUCGACCCUGGUUUCAACCACUUCAGCAUGGGCAGCCGAUCUUCUUUUGCCUGGCCUGACGUUGUCCUCGAGCCUACAAACGGUGGCCUUCUCGGCCAGGAUAUGGGACACUACGCACCCGAGUCCAGCUUGAGCCCUCCCAUGCAUUCUCGCUCCGCUACCAGCAGCCCACCCAGGAUGAGUGCGGAGCAGCGCGAGCUCAAGAGGCAACGCGAGCAGGCGCGCCGGGACUCGAAGCUCUCAGCACGCAUCCAAAGGGCAGGGAGUCAAGGAUCGCACAGCGGCUACGAGGUCGCUUCUCCACCACCCAACCAAGGAGAAUUCGCACACACCUCCAGCAUGUCCAGCAUGCCAGUCUACACCACCGCUCCCACCGAUAUCUCCCUCCUCACCGAGCCCACCACCCUGGCUCCGCAAAUGGUCCUGCCGUCUUACUCUCCACCGCUCCCGUCUUCCAACCAAAUGGGUUUCCCUAGCCCAUACCAGCAGCCACAAUACAUGGACUACGCUUACCCUCCAUCAACGGGGGCUCCCCUCUCCUCCCAUUACGGACCCGUCUCCCACGAUCCAUCAAUGAUGUACUCUAUCCCUCCAGUGAUGCAGACCGGCGGUGCUCCCCACCAGCACGACAACCAGGGGCACGUCCGGGUGGUCCAGAGCAGGCCCAAGCCCCAAUGUUGGGAGCACGGUUGCAAUGGCCGCCAGUUCUCGACUUUUAGCAACCUCCUUCGCCACCAGCGAGAGAAGUCUGGCCAGGCCACCAAGGCGAGCUGCCCGGACUGUGGCGCCGAGUUUACCAGGACCACGGCACGUAACGGCCACCUGCUGCACCAAAAAUGCAAGCAGAAGAGGCAGCCUUCGACGAGCUCGUCAUGA